AUGGCGCCGUACCUUGGCCUUCGAGGGAAUGCCCUCCUCCGUGCUGCGGUCAUGCUGGUCGUGUGCCCUACCUUUACUUGUUAUGGAUACAACAUGAGUGUGGCCGGUGGCCUAUUAACGCUCGAUGCUUUCAACUCUCAAUUCCCAAGAAUGGACACAAUUCACGUCGAGGGAGCUGCUCAACAACAGAAUUCGCAGAUUCAGGGCACUGUCAUUGCCCUCUAUACAGUCGGAGGUAUUUUCGGUGCCCUAUCAUGCGUCUACCUCGGUGAUCUCUGGGGCCGACGUAAGGUCAUCUUCAUUACCAACUUUAUCACUAUCAUCGGCGCCAUCCUGAUGGCAACAUCCUUCCAAUUUGCCCAAUUCAUCGUCGCGAGGCUGGUUCUCGGUUUAGGCAUUGGUGGUUAUGUGGCGACAGUACCAGUCUGGCAAUCCGAAAUUUCACCUUCACACAAGCGAGGAUCCAACGUCGUAACAGAUGGAAUCUUCGUCGGAUUGGGUGUAACACUUGCCUUGUGGAUUGACUUGGGGUUCUUCUUCGUUAAGGAUAACUCUGUCUCAUGGCGGUUCCCUCUCGCUUUCCAGAUCGUCAUGUCUAUCACUGCAAUGAUCUUCAUCACUAUGCUUCCCGAAUCGCCUCGCUGGUUGAUCAAGACUGGCAAUGUAGAGGAAGGACGCAAGGUCCUCGCUGCUCUCCUCGAUGCCGAUGAGCACUCGGAUACUAUCAACGACAACGUCCGUGAUAUCGAAGCCUCCCUCGCCUACUGUGGAUCCGGAUCAUGGACCGAUAUGUUCAAGAACGGUGAACAGCGCAUCUUCCACCGUGCCUACCUCGCCGCUACCGGCCAGAUGUUCCAGCAAAUGUGCGGUGUCAAUUUGAUCACCUACUACGCUACCACGAUCUUCGAACAAUACCUCGGAAUGGACGCUGUGAACUCCCGCAUCCUUGCCGCUGCAAUGGGUCUGAUGCAGCCCUUCGGUGGAUACCUCGCCUACUUCACAAUCGACCGUCUCGGUCGCCGACCCCUAAUGCUGUGGAGUGCAGGAGCCAUGGCAAUCUGCAUGGCCGGUCUAGCAGGUACAACCUCCGACGCCGCAGCCGACAACACAGGUGCCUUGGCCAUGGCGGUUGUCUUCCUCUACUGCUUCCAGUUCAUCUUCACCGUCGGCUACUCCGGCCUGACAUUCCUCUACGCCGCGGAAAUGGCACCUCUCCAAGUCCGUGCCGCCGUCAGCGCCGUUUCCACCGCCACCGUUUGGGCAUUCAACUUCCUGCUGGCUCAGGUGACUCCCGUCGGUUUCUCCACGAUCGGAAGCAGAUACUACAUCGUCUUCGCUGUUGUCAACGCAGCCAUCGUGCCUAGCGUCUACUUCUUCUUCCCUGAGACCAAGGGUCGUACCCUGGAGGAGAUUGAUGAGAUCUUCGCGCAAUCCAAGAACAUCUUCGACCCACCCCGUGUGGCUCGUGCUAUGCAGAAGCGGACUAUCCAUAUCGGCGAGUCGAAUUCCGAUGCUGAGAAUACUGGCUCCAAUGACGAUGUCAUCAAAGAGGAAGUCAAGGCGUGA